GUAUCACUCCACCUCCACUUCCACAAACAUGAAGGAACUUCGGUUCAGGCCUUCCCGCGCUUUUGCCGACUUCAAGGCGACUCUCGACGGCUUUACCGCAAACCCAUCCGACACGUCCAAGACUCGCAAUCUAAGAAUCUUGGCUGUCAUAGUCUGCAAGGAGCUGCAGGGCGCGACGAUUUCCUUGGUGGAGCGGGAAUGUCGGGGGUUUUGGGCCUCCAUUGUCACGGCCCACGCAUGCGCGGCGAGGCUGCUGGCCGCAAACGUGACCGCAGCGGAAAGCCUAGAGCCGUUUAAGGCAACCUCCCUGCUCCAAUGGAGCGCUCUUACUUCUUUCGCCAAACGACGUGACCCAGCGCUGCCGACCCUAGCUCUCGCCAUCCUUCGCGGCGACGCCCUCAACGUCUAUGCCCAGAUCCUGGCGUCCGUGCGCUCCGCCUUAGCAGCAGAAAUGCCUGUGACGGCCAGCAGCGGCACCGGCGGACAGAGCGAGGAGGCUGGCGGCAGCAGCAGCCGCCGCCACAGCAGCAGCAACAGAAGCAACAGCAGCCGCGGCAAGCAGCCUUCUCCUGCCGAGGAGCUGUCUCCUGACGAGGCUCAGCCUGCUGAUAUGCACCAGCUGCUUUCAGCAGGCGGGAUCGCCUGCGAAGCAGCUCUCGCGCUAAUGGGAGUCCUGUCGGCGGAUGGUCCCGAGGGGCCGAUGCACAACGAGCUGCUUGAGGCCCUGGCUCGCAGUGGUGUGGUGGAGCAUGCGGCCGCGGCGGUGAUGUGGGUCGAGACGGAGGGGCUGGUGGGAGCCGCCGGAAGGGGUGCAGCAGCCGCUGAGGAGGGGGAGGAGGGGGAGGACGGGGGGGAGGAGGGCGGGGGGCCACUGGUGAUGAUGCUGCAUGUGCAACUCAUCAGAAUCCUGGGCGUACACAGCUGGCCGCAAGCACAGCCGCCACAGCCGCCACAGCCGCCGCAGCCGCCACAGCCGCCGCCGGGUUCGCCGGGUUCGGCGUUCGCGACCUCGGCGACGACAGCAGCAGCAGCACCGGCAGCCCAGCCCGCCACUGCCGCUGCUGCUACAGCUGCCGCUGCUGCUGCUACUGCUACUGCUGGGCCUGCUACUGCUGGGCCUGCUGCUGCCGCAAGCCAGGACGACGGGGCGGCACGUCGCCAAGACCUGCUGCGCCGCCUUGUGUCCGGUCCUGCGGUGCAGUGGCUGGCGCUGUCCGCCCUGCAGAUUAGACUUGAAGAGGUGAAGGAGCAGGAGGAGGAGAAGGAGGAGGAGGAGGAGGAGGUGGAGGAGGAGGAGGAGGAUGCGCCCGCCGAGGGAGAAGGGUUGGAGGCAGAGGCGCAGAAGCGGCGGGCGCAGGGCGGCGGGCGAGGACAGGCGGCGGAGUGUGGCGAUGGCUGCGGCGGGAGUGCUGCAAGUACAGGCCUAGGCAGCCUGGUCGCCGAGUCCAGCAAAGGGGACGCUGAGGCGUUUGGGCACAUGUUCAUGGCCAUUGAGUUGGCCGCACACGUCUUUGCGUUCUGCCCCCCGAGCGAUUCUGACCUGCUGACCCGCGCGGCGGCCGCCACCGCCGCCGCGCGCUUGCAAUCCCGUCGCCGCGAGGCGCUUGCGACAGUGGCCCAGCCGCAGCCGCCGCCACAGCUGCAGCCACAGCUACAGCCGCAGCUGCCGCAGCAGCUACAGCCACAGCCGCAGCCAUCACAGCAGCAGGCGGCGCAGGCGGCCGACGCGCGUUUUUUUCGGAUGCUUCUGUUCAUGCUGUACUCGGCUGAGACUGCUGGGGCUCAGGCCGCCGUUCGCCUCAUUGCCGAAGACCUGGCGGCGGCAUGGCGGCGGUUGUGGGUGGGUCUACGCCUGCUGCUGCGCGUGUGGGGGCGGCUGGAGCUGCAGCAGCCGGCGCAUGCGGCGGCUCGGCUAGGGGAGCUGUGGGUGGUGGUGGCGGCGCCGCUGUGUGCGCCCGCGGCUGCGGCGACGACAGCGUUUCACAGCAAACACGCACUGCUGGCCAUUGACGGGCUGCCAGGCGUUCUAGCGUCGCCAUUGGCGCCGGCGGCGCCCGCGCAACUAGUGCCCGCACAUGCGCCGCAGCCGGUGGCGGUGGCGGUGUCGGCAGCUGCUACAGCAGCGGAUGACCAGGCAGCUGGCCAAUCUGGGUCAGUAGCAGAACCCGCCGCGGCGGAGGCCGGCAGCGUCGGUAGUAGCGACGUGCUUAGCACCAGCGGCGGCGGCUGCAGCUACAGCCUGCGCUGCGCGUUGGACGCGGGGCUGCUGCCGGCGCUGGAGCAGCUGCUGCGGCAGGCGAUGGCGGGGCUGGCGGCGGCACCGGCGGCUACGGUGGCGGGCAGUGAUGCAGGUCGCGAUGCGGAGAGGCGCCUGCGCGAUGCAUCGGCCGCCAUCCUUGUGUUUGACACGCUGCUGUGCCAGUCGGGCGUGUGGCCCGCGGUGCUGGCGCACGCGGCUGUGGAGGAUGUGGUGCCGCUGGUGGCGACACUGGCGCGAGCGGCGGCGGCGGCCGUGGAAGCGGCGGCGGCCGCGGAAGCGGUGGGCGCCACCGCCGCCGCCACACCCGUGCGCCAGUUUCUAGCAGGCCGGCUUUGCCUGUCACUGACGGCAAUGCUAGAGCAGCAGCAGGCAGUGGCGGCGGUGGUGGGGCGGCGGGCGGCGGCCUGCAGGGCAGAUGCAGCAGCAGGGGCGGCGGCAGCACCGGCGGCGCCGGCGGCACCCGCGGUGCCUGAUCAGGCAUUCAACUGCGCGGUCAGCACUUGGCUCUGCUGCAACCCACCUAUUGUCGACACUGACGGAAACAUGCGCGCACGUACACGUGCCCCUGCUGUCUGGCGGCCGGCGGGGUUCUGCACGUCGGAGGCAGCGGCGGCUGAGGAACCGGCGGCUGAGGAAGCGGCGGCGGAGGCAGCGACGGAGGACGCGGCGGCGGAGGAAGCGGCGGCGGAGGAAGCGGCGGCACCGACGGCGGCGGAGGCAGCGGCAGAGGCAGCUGCGGUGCAGGCGCCGUCGUCGCAGUCGCCGCCACGGCCGCAGCUGCUGGCGGACUGGGCGGCGCUGCAGUGGCUGCCGGUGCUGAUGAGCGCCGGCGCCGCCAAGCUGGCGGCGGCGGAGCUGGCCCGCGAGGGCAACCCGGCGCCCAUGCAUGCGGCCGUGUGUGAGCCGCUGCUGGGUAGCCGCCUGUCCCGCAGCCUGGCGCGGGUGUGUCGCCACUUCGUCGCGGCCGUGUGGUAUCACAGCCGCUCUCCACACACUGAACAACAGCGGGGCCGGGCGCCGCCGGGGGAGGGGCAGCAACUGCAGGAGGUGACCGAAUCGGAUGUCGCCGCGUUCCUGCUGUCACAGGCCGAGCAAAUGGCGUGGUCGUGGAAGGUCCUCGUUGGCGGGAAAGCGUCACGCAUGAACCUGGGGGACGGGCUGCAGCGGGCGUGCUGCAACUUCCACAUGGCACAGGCAGCCCUGACCCGUGCCCGCACGCAGCGGACUGCGGAUACGGCGGCGGCGCGGGCAGCGUGUGACUGUGGAGCCGAUGCUAGUGGCGCCGGUACGGGCGUUGCUGGCACGGGCGCAGGCGCGGGCGCGGGCGCAGAUGUGCGCGGCGGCUCCCAGGCACGCCCCAGGGGCGGCCGCGGCGCCAGCGGGAAGUGCUGCGGUGAGGUUGAGGCGCUUGGAGGUGUGGACGCUGGCCGCCUUGCGCUCGAGACCGCCGCCGAGGUGAUGGACUUGGCGGAGCUAGCAACCGUGGACGCCUGGUUUGAAGCAGAGGCGAUGAUGAUCAGGCGGACGGGCGAUGCGGGCGCUCACGCUGUUGACGGGGCGUAUGCAUUUCUCGAGCCUUUUAGCGCCAAGGAAAAGGGUGCGCGGCUGGUGCGGUCCCUGCAGCGCUACGGCCUGCGCCGGCGGCCGGGUCUGGAGGCGUUUCUGCGGAUGCUGUCUGGGCAAGAGCAGCAGCAGCCGCCGCCUGCAGCCGCUGCUGCAGCGGCGGCGACAGCCGCAGCGCCCGCGGCAUCGGGGCCGGCGGCCCGGGGCACAAAGGCGCAGCAGCGGCGCGGCGGCGGCCAGCCCCAAGCGGCGGCGGCGGCUGCAGCAUCGGCGGCGGCGGUGGCGGCGGCGGCGAAGCGGGCAGAGCGGCAGGCGGCCGCUGUGGCGGUGUUGGAAGAGUUGGCUGAGCGGUACGGGCUGGCGGGCCCGUCAAUGGAUUUAAGGAGUGCUGCCAUGCAGCUGUUCGUGCUGGAUCCCGCCAGCCUGGGCCAGAGGCUGCUGCUGAAGGAUUGUGAUAAGUUGCUGUCGUCUGAAACGGCUCUGGCCAUGUGGAUGGUUGUGCGCACCGCCGCGCCCUCGCUGCUUUCCAGCCAGGCGCUGUGCGGCAACCCCGCCUGCCGCAGCCUGGACGGCCCCAGCGCGCUCCUGCCGCCGGGCGCCGGCAAGGUGUGCGCGCGCUGCAAGGCGGUGCGGUACUGCUGCGGCGCCUGCCAGCUGGAGCACUGGCGACAGCGGGGCGGGCACGAGGAGGCGUGCGGUCUCAUGCGGAAAAGCGUGGAAACACUGCGAGCGGCGGUGGCUCAGGUGACAGCGGCACAGGCGCCAGCGGAUCAGGGGGUGGCGGCGGCUGGAGAGGCGGCGGCUUAGGCGCAGGCGGCAGCCGAGGCGCUAGCGGCGCUCAGGAGGAGGCGGCGGCCGGGCCGGAGUAGGGGCCCUGAUGGGUGGCGGCUGGUGUGUCGGCGGCUGAGGCAGAUGUACUCCUAUGUGCCUGGGCCUGUGGACGUGGGCGGGUGUUAGGCAGGUGGGCGGUGCAACACACAACUUCUCCCGCGGCCGGGCAAUGCCGCGGUUGUGGCGUGGGCGUGGGCGUGCGCGGGCCUGGUGACGACGCGACGGGGUGCCUGGUCGCAUGGGGCCGGGGGCAUGGAGCCAUGGUGCAUGGUGCUUGCAAGCUGUGCCGCAGGUGGCAUGGGGCAGGGACGGCAGUAAACGGACGUUCUAGGGCUUGGUCACGGCCUUUUGAGCGCUGCCGUGGAAGGUGGCCGUGGCAGGGGCAAACGGGGAAAGUGACACGGAUGCCAUGUGUGUAUGACAUGACGGGCUGGGGCCGCCGGCGGGCUGCGGCGGCCGCGCGGUCGGGUAUCUGGUUCUGAAUGGCACUUCCCCGGCAUGCGUCGCCAGGUAGGUGCCGUGUGCCGGUGCGCAGUGCGGUGGAGAUUGCAGUGUGUGGGGUGGGAAUGUUGUGGAUGCGAGGGACUGAAGCGGCGCGGAAGUGUGCCCUAUCACCCUUUAUGUCACAUGUGUGGGGGCAGGCACUGGCUGCUUACUGCACGUGAGUGCGAUGGGGCAGGUUGGCGUUGUCGUCCCGUAGUGGGCAGCGUACGUAUUUCCUGACUUCGACAUUCAGUUUGCACGAUUGCGUGGCUGGAAUAGCGGCGGAGUGACUGUACCGAGACACUGCUGGCAGGCUGGAAGCAGUUAGCUGACGCGCGUUCCUCAUGCGGAGUGCGCCUGAGGUGUGGGCUGGUUGAAGGCGGCUCGUGUGGAAUGCGGUCCGUUGUGGCUGAUGGCGUGGCGGCGGCUGGUCGGGUGCUUCGGGAGCCAGUGCGGGUUGUGUUUGCUAGGAGCGCGAGACAGGGCGGGGCCGUGGACUUACCAUUUAACCAAGAUCGUAACCUGGCGACGGGCUGGCGGUGACGUGGUCAUCUGCUUGAUGCGGGCGGGGGGCAGCUGGACGCUGCAGUGCCAGUUGCAGGCUAGAGCAGGACGCAGCAGCAAGACGGCAACACGCGGAUGUCAGGUUGUUUCCGGGCAGCUUCCGGUAUGGCUGCCUCGGAUUGAAGCUGUACAGUUAGCUA